AUGGACGUCUCCACGAGAAACGGAGCCGUCGCCGCCACGGCCGUCUUCACGGCGCUGCAGGUCGCCGCCACGGGCCUCUGCGUCUACCUGCAGUCCUCCCGCGCGGCCGGCUACCUGCGCUUCUACGCCGUCAUCCCGUUUGGCAUCUACGGCGGGUUCUCGAUACAAAUGUCGUUUAAGCAGAGGUAUGGCCCCGACGGGGCGACGUCUCGGCUUGGGCCCGUUUGGGUGAGCCAGGGCAUUCAUGGACUUGUGGGCAUAUUCCUCAUACCGUGGGCUUUCAUCGGCUUCUACGUCGUCAGAAGGUUGAGAAGGUGGGUGGUGUACAAAUCGGCGUGGGACUGGGACGAGCGCAUGCAAUGGAGCGCCAACUUUUACCUCGCAUUCCUGGACGCCUGCUACGCCGCCUGCAUCAUCACCGCCGUCGUCUUUGGCUCCCGCUUCACGCCAUGGAACUAUAGCCGCUGCGACGAAUACCGCGUUUACGAUUCAUGGCCGAUCCAGAGAGACGGCGGGAACGAUGACUGCCGCCAGAUGUUGACGUCUCAGAUCAUGGCCGUCCUGGUCUUGCUCGUUCUCGGCGCCCAAUUCACCCUCAUCAUCCCCGUCGCCUCCCUCCCCAGCACCCUCCGCGCCCCCCUAUUCUACUUCUACCGCUUCCUCCGCCUCCGUCGCCCCGCGGCUACACAUCAUCCUCCCCCAUCACACGCAUGGCAACACGACGACGUCUCCGAAAAGGCACCCCUGCUUCUCCCCGAAAGGGCAUCGCUGGAGACGGCGUUUCGACACGACGCCAUCGCCACGUCGCUCGCCAGGUACAUGCACUUUGACGACGUGGCCAACGUCUCCCGCACGUCCAAGGCCAUGAGCCGCGCCGUCUUCGCGCCUUCUGUGGCCAACGCCGCCGACGACGACGACAGCUGCCGCCGCGGCCGUGAUGCUGCGGCUGUGGCGCGUCUCGAUAUGCUCUGCGAGGCGACGUGCAGUGACAGCGGCGGCGGAUCGUUGAAGAGCGAGUGCUGGGCUUGCGCCAAGGUCAUAUGCGAGGGCUGCCACUCGCAACGCACACACCUCACCGAACCGCGCACAACCGCCCACCUAACAAAAUGCCACGCUCUCUGCACACGCUGCUACAUCCGCCGGCCCGGCGCCCGCCCCGCCCCGUUCCUCGGCUCGUGGAACCCAGACGACCUGGCAGCGCAGCACGGCAUCGCGUGCAAGAGGCUCAUCCUCAAGGCCAAGACGCCGCUGAGGUGGUGCGCGUGA